AUGACGUUGUCGCUAUCCAAAAUCUGGAAUUCUAAAUUCGUACAACUUGUGGUGUCGCAGUGGUUUUUCAUCGCCCUGGUUUGUUUUAUUGUCCUGGCACGGUUUGUACCGAACUUUGCCCGCCAAGGAGGGCUGGUCAAGGCUGAAUACACAAUCGAGUACGGAGCUGUGGCCCUGAUAUUCCUGCAAAAUGGUCUCAGCAUGUCGACCAAAAAGCUUUGCGUAUACUUGUCAAAUUGGCGAGCUCAUAUCGUAAUAUUGUUGAUGAGCUUUCUCAUUACAAGCUCUAUUAUCUUCGGGUUUUGUUGUGCCAUCCAGCGCUCUGGGAAUUCCAAUAUCGAUGAGUGGUUGCUAGUGGGUCUGAUUUUGACUGCAGCAAGUCCCACCACUGUAGCCUCCAACGUGGUCAUGACUCAAGAGGCUAAAGGUAACGACUUGUUAUGUCUGUGUGAGGUCUUUAUCGGAAACUUUCUCGGAGGCUUUAUCACGCCUGCCAUUGUUCAAAUGUAUCUGAGCACCUCGUUGUUUGCGUUCGGAAAUCCGAGCAACGGCUCCAGCGUCCGCACAGUAUACGCUAACGUGAUGAAGCAAAUUGGACUGUCUGUACUUGUGCCUUUAUUCGUCGGUCAACUUGCCCAAAACCUGUUCCCCAAGCAGGUCUCGUGGGCUUUAAAGGCACUGCGCAUGAACAAAGUGGGAAGUGUCUGCUUGCUGCUUGUUAUGUUCAGUUCUUUUUCUACCGCGUUCUACCAGCACGCGUUUACCAGCGUGCCUGGUAUCUGCAUUGUUUUCGUUGUUCUUUUCAACUUGGGCAUUUACCUCUUUUUCAGUGUGCUCUGCUUCGUUUGCGCCAGACCCUGGAUCAUUCUCAGGCUAUUUCCUGAAGAACCUUCAGAAUCCUCCUCGAAGCCGUAUAUCAUCGGAUACCGGUUGUUGCGACCAUUCUAUUACAACAAGAAGGAUACCGUGGCAAUUUUGUUUUGUGGGCCUGCUAAAACGGCGGCACUCGGCGUAUCCUUGAUUUCCUCGCAAUAUGGCAGUGACUUUCCUCAAUUGGGAAAGCUUUUAGUGCCAUUGGUUCUCUACCAAAGUGAACAAGUCGUCACCGCAAAGCUCCUGGUGCCUUGGGUGAGAAGGUGGGCAGCAGAGGAAAAUGACCAGGCCUCGGGUUGCGAAUCAGAUCUAGAGCAAGUAUCGUCUACAAAGUCUGGUGAGCAUGUUGAUGGAACGGAUAGUUAUGAGAGGGCUGGCGCCACGAGUGAAAAUGCUACAACGGGGAUUAAUGUUCAGGACACAAGACAGGACGUGUGA